AUGAUGACUCCACGAAUGAUGUCUUUUCCAAAUUUCAUUAGAGAAGCGGAACAAACUACUAGACCAUUAGAUCAUGCCUUCCCACCUUUAAAAGUUGAACACAAGUAUAAAAGUGUUUACGAAAGAGCAGGGUUUGAGGUAAAUAAAGGUGAUAAUUCAUAUCGCAAUCAAAGUGAUAAUAAAUCAAUUGGUUCAGGCUUGAAAAAGAGGAAUUUUUCCAAUCCUAGAAUACAACAUGGCAGUGCAAACAACUCAUCGUCAUCAUUGCCUCAAGCAACAACUAGAAAAGCACCAGUCCCUCCACCACAAUUAAAGUCUGAUUCUUCUGAUAGAAUAGUAUCCCCCACUUCGUCUAGUUCAUCUAAAUCAUCGAAAUCCCUGUCAAUGAAUUCAAAUUUCACCAGCACACAUAAAAGCAAUAGUUCUCACACCACUUUGAGAAACACUGCUGAAUUCAAUGGUGGAUUUGAUCAACCAUUAACCACAGGGUCUUCAACAACAACUUUCUUCGGUGAAAAUGAUUUACAACAGAAACCGUCGAACGCAAACCCAAUAUCGUCUUGCGACGCUGAGCCAACAGCAGCAAAUACUAGUGUUCCAACGAAACCAGAUAACAGACCGGUGUAUGAACAGAGCCAAAUUGACUCAAACGUACUAUCAGACAACAAUAAUGCGCCAAUAUCAACAAUAAAUGAGGAUAGCUCACCUAAUAGACCUGCUUUUGAUGCCAAUAAUGAUCAAUUUGAUUUUAGCCCUUCGCCUAGUCAAAGUGGGAAAAACUUGAAGCAUUUAAAACUUGAUUUAAAUCAUGAUAACUUGUCCGAUACUAGCAGCUUACCAGAUGUAAACCAACAUCAGAAGUUUGACUCAUCGAAUAAUACAUACCAAUCUAAGAACCCUUCCAAUAAUGGCCAUUCCAAGGAUUCUUAUACCCAACAAGGAUAUCAAAUGCAACUGCAACCACAUUCUCAACCUGGAUCGGCCAAAUCAGGAGUCAAAUUUGAUCCAAGAAGACAGCGUCAUCAACCAACUAGUGCCACUUCCACUAAAUUCCCUGCCCAGAAUUCUCCUCAGUACCCAAUGACACAUCCACAACAAAAAAGUCCAGCUCCUUAUCCAGCAACCCCAAUGAGAAUGCCUGGUCAUGGUUCUCCAUAUCCUCCACCACCGUCGCAACAGCAGCGUAACAUGUCACCAACAAGUGGACACUCACAACAACGCAUUGUUUCUCCUGUAAGUAUGCAUUCACAGCAACGUCACAUGUCACCAACAGGUAUGCACCACCAACAGAUGCAUAACCAAAGACUGAAUCAACCCCCAAUACCAAGAAUGGGAGGUAUGCAUCCAAACCCAAAACAACCACAAUUGCCAUUAAUGACUCUUGGUGGCCAGAAACAACCAUACUACCCACAAUCACCAGGGGCUCCACCAUUAAGACUGCAACAUAGACCUUACCCACAGCCUCAAGGAAACAUUCAAGGCUAUCCACCUGUACAUCACCAGGGAAUCCAACAACAACAACAACAACAAGGUUAUCCACGCCCACAGGGUCCACCACAACAGACAAGACAAAGACAACAAACUUAUUCUCAAAUCAGAGAUGACAAGUUGUCGUCUGCAUUAAACGAAUUUAAGAGUGAUUACGAGAAUCAUAAAGGAAGCAACGAUUCACCAACAACAUCAAAUACGGAAACUGAUUUGCCAAGUUCUUCAUCUUCAGACUUGGAUUUAUAUAAAUCCACACAUGCAAAGGACUCUUUAAAUAAUACCCCUGAAAUUAAUGAUUAUAGGUUUUCUUAUGAAGCCACUAAACAACAACAACAACAACAGCAGCAGCAGCAACAACAACAACAACAACAAGAACAAGUAAAACAACCGGCAAAAGCUACUACCAAUGAUCCUUCUGUACAAUUCCAAAAUUUCACCACGCAACAAUUGGCCAAGGAAGGCGAUUUAAAUAAUGAAUAUCAACAAUUUUUGAAUCAAAAAGAAAUUGGUUCAAGCAAUAAUUAUGAUAAUCGUCAUUUAUCUAUGGUCAGUUCGAUUAUUAGUAAAGAAUCAAAUACCAGUAAUGAGGAUGAAAUAGAAAAGGAAUUAGAACGACAAUUGGAAAGUUUGAAAAUGUCAGGAAGUAGUAUUAAUCUUACCAAAGUUGAUUCACAGGGCAAUGGUAGUAAUACUGGUACUGAUUAUGGCGCAUCUAAUACUACUAUGGUAAUUCCUAAAUUUAACAUCCAAGAUGUUGAUGAUGAUACCAAACCACAAUUGGAGAAUUUACAAAAUGAAUUAGAAGAAGAGACCACUAAACCAUUGACUAUUAGUCGUACAAAUUCAACUUUUGAAGUAGAACAACCAGUUACCAAAAGUGUUAAAUUCACUGAAUUACAACCUGAAGCAAAAGUCACAUCUAACGUUCCUCAACCUGGUUAUCCAAUCAAUGAUUCAUUUGGAAUUGAUGAAGAUGAUAAUGAUAAAGGAGAUGAUGAAUAUGUUAAGCCAUUAUCACCUAAGAAUCAUUUAAUCGAACAAGAAUUACAAAGUAUGAAUUUCCAAAUACCACAAACCACUGAAUCACCAACUACAUUAAUCAAUCAAACAUUUGAAACCACCAAGAAACCAUUACCAUCAGGUACUGGACCUUGUAGAGCAUGUCAUGGAUCCAUUUCUCCUGAUGCCAAAGGUCAAUUACGUGCCAUUUAUUCUAAAACUGGUGAAUUAUCUGGUCAAUGGCAUAGAAAAUGUUUCCAAUGUUGUUAUCAUGAAAAUCAAUAUGAUGGACAAGAAGGUAUGAUUAAAUGUAAUAUUCAAUUCAAUAAACAUGUUCAAUGUUAUGUUCUAGACGAUCAACCAUAUUGUUUCCAACAUUAUCAUAUUUUGAAUAAUUCAAUUUGUCAACAUUGUCAAGAUGGAAUUGAAGGAGAAUGUAUUGAAAAUGAAUUGAUGGAAAAAUGGCAUUUACAAUGUUUGAAAUGUUCUAAUUGUCAUACUGGAAUUCGACAAGAUUAUUAUAUUGUUAAUGAGCAUGACAUUAUAUGUCAUGAAUGUAAAACAAAUAAUAAUAUGGGAUUGAAUGUUCAAGAUAGAAUUGAAAAAAGAAGAACAAGAAUUUAUAAUAAUGUAUAA